AACGAAGCGUGACCAUCCGAAAUUUAAAUCUACACUGUGACUUUUCAUGAUCAGACGUCAUGAAAAGCUACACAAAAGGUAACACAAUUUUUGGCAUUGAAACAUUUUCUCAAUGUUAUAAGAGGAAGUGUAGAAAGUGGUGUAUUAUUGGAUAUGAUGUCCUUGUUAAACUUUUAACCAUUCAUUAAAGGAUUUAACAGUUCGUUAUCUAACAAAAAAUUUAACGUCACUUUCAACAACUGAAAAAAACAAAAACAAAAAAACAUUUCGUUAGCUAACGUAAUAAUAGUACAUAUGUUGUAAUCGAUACUAUUGCUAAAGUAAAUUAUAUACAGAUAUAGAGUGUACCCUAUACAGGCUAAAGGCUGACAGAUGCAUUAUGUUAACCUGUGCUAUCUUUGUAUAAUACUAUUGGUAUUAAAGCAACCCAAGGAUUUUCUUCACAUUUAUUAAACAAAACGUAGGUGUGCAGAUGAGAAAACGUAUGUUAUUGAAUAUAUAUCGUGUCUACCUACUGUGAGUUGUACUACCUUAGUUUUAAGUUUUCUGAAAGAUUAUCUCAACAGUGGAAGGUAUCCUGGAAAUAUUAUUGUGAUAAUUUACGUUACUAUCUCGGUACCUUCUGUGUAAGUGCCUACAGCUGUCAUAUAUUAUCUCGAGUAGCUAUCUCGAGACUUUAAGAAAUUAUGUUAAUGUUUCAAGCUUUCCUAAGACGUUUAUCCUAAUAGCCUAAAAUGUAUUAGAAAUAAUAAUAAUAAUAAACAUAUCGACAAAAAUUAUUUAUUGCGAUAAUGCUUUUAGACAAAUGCACAACUUUGCUGGAAAUUUCGAAAUAUUAUAGUGAUAGUUACCAAGCAUCUCGAGGCAUUCCGAGCAUUAACGCGAAUUUUUUUCUGAAUUAAUAAAAAUAUCUAGAAAAUAGUAAUCAUUGCUGAAAUGUUUUCAGAAAAAAGCACACUUUUCGUGGAAAGUUUACAAUAUUAUCAUGAUAGCUAACUGUCAACCUCGUUAAAAGGGACAUUUUCUUAUAAUACCAGGUCAUGAUUUGUUGUAAUCAAUCUAUUUUUCAGACUACAAAUGGCACAACCAUUUUUUAACAACGGUCACGAUCGCUGCGAAAAUCUAAAUCACGUAGGCUUGCUCUUAAAACAACUCAUUCAAGAACAUCAUCAGAAAGUUAUCGAAACAGUUAUCUCACAAAAUCAAGAACAGACUAACAACAUUACACGAACUGUAAUUGGAGCAAAUCGAACACUUGUUCAUAAUCUUAGAAGAAACCAAGCAGAUUUGCGUACGUUUCUACUAGUUGUUCUUAUUCUUAUAACAGCAGGUGUCCAUUUUGUCUUGACUAAUAACCCCCCUCCUUCAACCUACAUCAAGUUUCAAUGUAACAAUCAUAAAAAACAUUCCAUACCGUGUGCAAAGUAUGACUUGAUGCAUUUCAAGGAUGGUGGCGUACUAAAUGUGGUCCUGAAUUGUGUCACAGUGGAGAAAAAAGCUUGUGCGAAUAACCGGAAAAGGGGAUAUUUCAAACAUCAUUUAUACGUACAUUAUGCUCAUAUAAUCUUGAAUGAUGAUCGAUGCCAAGUAAUUCUAGAGGAUUCAAAACCGCAACGUGAAAUGACAUCAGAAACGGCGCCGAUGAUUCUCUUAAAGCUGAUUAAUAGCCAGGGAGCCAAAAAUGCGAAAUGUCCUUAGAAAUAUAGUUUAGUAGUCCGGUCAUGCUAUAGUUAGUUUCAAUAUUAAUCAGAGUUUGGUCAAGACAUGGAUUUGUUUUAAAUUUGUGCAAAUGAUCAUUUACACUUAAGUAUAUCCACUGAGUGUUUACUCAAGGUAUUUUUAAAUUUUGAUUCUCCUAUCUCCUAUCCAAACAAGAUAGAGACAGUUAAUCAGAAGUAUAAAUUUGAUAAACAUACUUCGUCUAAUGAAUAUUAUGAAAAUGAUAAAAUUUUAUUAUAAAUGCUGAAAAUUUGCAUUGACAUGUAUACAUUUACCUGGGAUUCAUUAGAAAUGCCAGUUUAUUAAAUUUAAUUAUUAUUACCUCCCCUGGGCAAAACUAAGAUAGGUCGGAAAUAUAUAAAUUGGAAAGCUACAUCCUAAAAUAUCCCAAUAUCUACCAAAUGAGAAUGUAUAACAAAAAACCAGGAAUACCUUGUUGUUUAAAUACAUUUCUAUUAAAGAGAGGUAAUUACAAAGUUUUAUAAAAAGUUCCCAUAAACUUCAUUGACAUCUAGGUAAUACAAAUUGUUUAAUGCAUGUUUAUUUCAUAAUUUAGAGAACAUUUUUCCAUGCCAUCGUAUUUGUAAAUGUACGACUGUUGAAAAAUAAAUUAUAAAAGAGUUUUAUGAAAAAAGUAACACGUGCAAUACUUAUAGGGAUCUUACGAUAUGCAAUGAGUGUUUGUGUUCCUUAAAUUGAUUUCUAUCAGAAUAUAAGAUAAGAGAAAAAUGCCAUAAAAUGUUGCUUAAAUGUGACUGGCCACCUUUAAGCAAGGUGAUUAUGGCUAUUUCAAUAUACAUUUCAGCAUUAGAUUUGAGUAUUUUGUAACCUUUGCAAAAAGCAUUACAUGUACUUUAAAUUACUACUGUCGUUUAAUAUACCAUAUUUCCGUCUGUGAGAGAACAAUACAAUUUAAGAAAAACCUUCAAUAAUUCAAAAAUCCUAAGAAAUAUGUUGCGCAAAAGAGUAUGACUAAAAGCAAGAUACUUAAUAUUUCGUAAUGUUACGAAAGAUAGUCGGUGCAUUUCAGAUCAAUUUAUCAAGUCGAAGAUCUGUGUAUCUAUAUAUCUUAUAUAUGAUAAAAAGUAACAAACUGAGCAACCAGUUUACCAGUUCCACAACGUGCAAGUCUGUAAAAAUUUUGGAAACUUCUUUUGGAAACAUUUUGAUAUAAACUUAGUUUCUUUGAGAAAUGUUAUUAAAAAUUUACUUUGAUUACAGCAAUAAAGAGUAU